CUCUCCUCGUCUGCCAUUCAGUUGUUUCACCGGCACAAGGCCCUGAAUCACCGUUAUGCCAACACCUGGUAUUUUUAAGGAUCUCCAGUUCUACAUCGCUGACAGCGAACCUGAAAAAGAUCACCUUGUGAAGCUCAUUAAGAACAAUGGUGGAUCGUUGACACUGUCCCAUACUGAGGAACAUGUCAUUCGCAUAGGUGGACAUGAUUCCGCGGGGGGAUCGGAAGGACAGGUCGAUCCUCAAUAUAUAUACGAAUGUGACCGCAGAAAGGAAGUACUGUCCACUGACCAAUUUAAAAAGCCUUCAAGAAAUAACCCCAACAAGAAUAGUCCCAAAUCAGCUAUCCAAAGAAGGAAUCCAUAUACGACGAAAGACAAGCGAAUUUUGCGAGAUUGGGUGAUGCGUGUAGAAAACUUUCGACUACGGAAAGGUCUUUCUAUAUUCCAAAUAUUGAGUGAUAAGCAUCCACAGCACACUGCUGAAUCAUGGCAGAACCACUGGUCUCGGUAUAUGGAAAAGAACUUGUCGAGAGAAGAAAAGAAAAGGCUCGCAACAGGCGCUUCGGUUGGACCAAGAGAGUCAGACAACGACCUAGACGAUACUAGCGAUCAAGAGCCAAGCUCUCCGUCACAUGGAUCCAAAGGCUUUAUCUCAGAAUUACUGGCGGUCGCUACCUCUCUACAUGCAAACCAUACUUCAAAUUCCGAACCUUCAAUGCCUGCUGAAAUUGGAAAAACGCAAGGAAGCCAAAGCAAAAAGGACUCCACAUCAGAAGCUACAACAAAUCAUAGCAGAGAAGAGUCGCCGCUAUUUGUAAGUGGCCAUCAGCAAAAGGAAAUUGAAAGCCGUUCUAUUGUUGAAAGGGCAUCAACUAGUAGUGAGGAAUUGCUUGAAAAGCCAGAUCGCCGCAACAUAAUACGCAUAAAAAUGAAUAGGAAAAUGGAUGCCAGUUCAAAGGAAGACCUUGAAACAAAAGCUCACACUGAGCAAAUGGAUGUCGCUACCGCAUCACAAGAGGACGUCAUCGAUCUUACAGCUGCUAAUGCUGAACACGAUAAGACCGUUCCACAAGAUAGCAAUAGUAGAACAGAGGCAGAUGAAGAUCAAAUCCACCAUGAAAGCAACGUUACUGAAUCCGUGCAUCAAGUGACAACCCACCAACCUUCAUUACCGUCCUCAACCGUUGAUGACCACGAUAAAGAUUUAAGUGCUCAUACAAUAUCACAUCAUGAUCGUCAAUCUAUACCCUCAUACUCUCCAUACGGCCAUGAUUUAAAUCGGACAUCGGUGAACAGUGAUAAUGCAUGGAUUAAGGGGCAUGAACAACCAAAGCGCAAAGUAGAUAGCGAUUCAGGGCUUCAUAUUAACUCUGAUGACGAUGACGACGGAAACAGCACACAAAUAUUCAAACGAUAUAAGCAAAAUCAGCGGGAAGGCGGAUCGGACCAAACACCACCAAGACACCGUACUGAAGACCCUAUCACUCCGUCAGCUAGAGCAUCGUCCGAAAUUCCGGCACUGACUGGGCACAUCAUUACUGCAUUUGCGGCAGAAGAAGCGAGGCAUAUCAGCAGUGCGAUGAAGCUGCACACCUACAAGCGCAUCCAGGAUGUUAAGGAUCAAGAUCAUCGACGCUGGCUUGGCGAUCUAAGGGGUCUAAUGAUGGACUCUGACAAGGAUGCCAUGCAGGUACUGACUACCUUGCGGAUCAGCAGUGGUGACUGGGAUGUUGCGCGCGCGUUUUUAAUGCGCUUGAAGCAAAAGAAUCAACCAACUCGGCAGUCAAAUAGUUGGUCUUCCUCCUCUCGAUAUGAAGUGCUUCAACGCGAUCGAGAAGAGCUGACUCGUCUGAUGUGGAGUCAAAAAGAUGAUAAUACGCUGCUGAAAGGUACAUCAAAUCAGAUGGAGAAUUUGAUAGAGCGUAAAGGACGUAACAAUACGAACGCUCGACGAAUAUUCUUGCAAAAUUUAUCAUGAGAGCUGUAAGGAACGGGAAAAUUACUUUUUAUUAGCAACUUGUGAAUACUUUUGAUUAGAAAAUAAAAGAUCAACUCAAAGAAAUCUACUUUAAAAUGUGAAUUAGAAAGAGAGAAGCCAGCAGAGCGUUUGUAUUCUCAAAUGAGUCUAUGUAUGUACAUGACCUAGUUUUCU